UUGGCCGUGGGAAAUUGCGCCACCAGGUACCCUUCUCACCCACAGAGAUCUGUGGGCAGGAGCAGUGAGCUCUGUGUUCCUCGGAACCCCCUGUACUUGAGUGGAAGGCGCUAUGUGAAUGCUCGGUGUGUACGUGAGCCUCCUGGUGUUUGUGCCCACCAGACGGUGCAGUUCCUGAAGAGCUCCGUGCUGACGGUGAGGAUGAAGAACAAUGUGAAAUGGGAGCUGACGAAGGAGCUGGUCUGUCGGCAUUUUCUGAAGGAGCUUCGAGUGUUCGUGCCCCAGGAGGCGCUGAGGAUUCCCGCUGAACCCAUCACCCGAUGGGGCGAGUAUUGGUGUGAAGUCACAGUGAACGGCAUCGAGACAGUCCGCCUCCCCAUGUCGGUGGUUAACUUCGAGAGACCCAAGACCCGCCGAUACAAGGAGUGGCUGCUGCAGCAGCAGAAGGCCCCGAGCGAGGGGGCUGAGGGGGGCCAGGGGGACGAAGCCCCUCCCCUCUGACCUCAGCCUGGGGCGAGAUUCCGUCACUUCCUGCUGCUCAAUGUCUGUCCGUCCUCCUGGCAUCACUGCCAGGACUCGGGAGGGUGUGUUCGCGUCUGUGCGAGUGUGUGUGUGUGUGUGCGUGUGCGUACGUGAGUGUGUGUGUGUGUGUUAGAGCCUGUUCUAACCCCACCCCCGACACACACAGGCCUCCUACUGUGCAUGUACCAGCUGUGUGUACUGGGAUGGUGCCCAUUCCCCCAGAAUAAAGGCCUUGGACUGAGA